AAAAAUAUAUAUAUAACAAUAAUAAUAAACACGCCUUUAAGUACAGUACUAGACGCGUUUCGCAUACAGUACUUUUUGACUUCCCUGACGUCCCGUACGUGUUUCCACUUCCUCGAGUUUGUUUUCAUCUGGGGUUACGAGGAAGUGCAGCACGUCAGGGACCUUCUCUCACUCCAUCAUUCUAGAAUAUUUUUAUAUUCAUUUGCAGACUCUGCCGUUUCCACGAGGGUAAUGCAGAACUUUAAAAUCAGUCGAGACAAACUGUACAGCACUAGGUGCUGUGGAUGUUGCCAUGUCCGGACGGGGACUAUCAUCCUUGGGACAUGGUACAUGGUAAUCAACCUGUUGAUGGGAAUCCUGCUAACAGUUGCGGCAACCCAUCCGGAAAGCGUUCCCUCUGUCAAUUUACAGUAUGCCGUUAUUGACCAUUACCUAACAUCAGACAGGAUGUCAGGUAAUGCCGGUGCUGGAUUGGCCAUUUCCCUGCUGAUGGUCACUAUCAGUGCUAUGAUGCUGUAUGGAGCCAUUACUCACCGCAGCCGGCUGCUCAUCCCGUUCUUCUGCUACCAGAUGUUCGACUUCGCUCUAAGCUGCCUGGUGGCUUGCAGCUCCCUCACCUACCUGCCGAGGAUACAGGAGUACCUGGACCAGCUGCCGGAUUUCCCGUACAAGGAUAACCUCUUGUCUCUGGACCCCCGGUUCCUGUUCUUCUUUGUGCUCGUUCUCUUCACCUUCCUCAUUGUCCUCAAGGCCUACUUGAUGAACUGUGUGUGGAACUGCUACAAGUAUAUCAACAACAGGAACAAGCCGGAUGUCGCCGUCUUCCUCUCCUUCGAGAAUCAGCCCCAGUCGGCCCUGCCCACCUAUGAGAUGGCGGUCAACAUGCCUGACAAGGACCCUCCGCCGCCUUACAUGCCAUCUUAAAGACCAGCCCCACUGUGGACGACACACGCCGCCAAAUGCAUAUUUCUACAUUCCUUCACUAACCCUUUCCGAGCUCCAUUUAUCUACUGAAUAUAUUUUGUGCAAAGAGGAUGGAAGAAAUCUGACUGAACAAUGACAGCUUAUUUUUUUGUUUCACUUUGUUUUUAAUGAAAUCCAGUCAACAAUCCAGCAUCAUCCUCGUGUAGACUGACAAUCCACUUAUGAUAGCUCCCUAAUUUUUUGGCUCUUUUUAAGACUUGCACAGUUGCAUCUCAGUUUUGGGAAGCACGCUACAGCAAUAUUUUUUGGGAGUUUUUUUUUUUUUUUUUUUCUCGCUUUACUAUUAUUCACUGCCAACACCUCCAUCACCAGCUCAGAUGUUUACAUCAAACUUUGCUACCAGCUACAGUGCCGUGAAAAAGUAUUUGCCCCGUCAAACCCAUUUGAAUACCACUCAGAGACAACCCAAGGAAAUAUAAAAAUGCAGUUUUCAAAUGACAAUUCAAUUUUUUAAGGCACUUAUGAUUUGAAACCUUUGCGUGUGCUCAGUAAUCAGGAGGUGGCAAAUAUUUUUUCACGACACUGUAGUUUUCCAGCUGUAUACGACGAGGGAGAGAGGAAAAAAAAUUGCUUUUCACCAGCCUGACAUCAACUUGUCUGUUGUGAAAGAUUUGUUGUUGCAUGCCCACCAAUUACUUAACCAUGCUUCUUUGGUUCCAUUUCAUUAUACCCACUUUCAUAUAUUUGACUUGAAUAAAGAGUUGAAACAA